AUGGCCAAGUUUGCCGAGGCUGGCAAGCUCACACAAAAGAAGCACUUGGGUCAGAUGGCCAUGACGUACAAGAACGUUUACGUCGCGAGCAUCUGCGUGCAUGUGAACCCUCAGCAAGCUGUGCGAGCACUGAUUGAGGCGGAUGCCUAUCCAGGCCCUAGCCUCAUUCUGUCCUACACCCCAUGCAUUAGUCAAGGCUUCCCGAUGGCGGAGUCAAUCCAGCACUGCCAGAUGGCCGUGGAGAACCGCUUCGCAGCCGUGAUGCGUCGUGACCCAAAGCACGCCGAGGAGUUGGACAACAAGCUGCAAGAAAAUGUGGUGCAGAAGAAUCACCUGCUGCAGGUCCUGAACAAAGAGGACCUGGAAGGACAGUUCUCCAAGUUGGUCGAAGGUCUUUCGGAUGCGAAGAGCUCGGGCGACUCCAUCACGGUGCUAUACGGCAGUGAGACCGGCAAUGCGGAGGAGCAGGCGAAAAACCUUAUGCAAGACCUCAUUGCACGUGGACUGAAAUCCACUGUGAGCUCGUUGGAUGACUUCGAGUUCGAUGAGCUACCGAACCAGAAGAUUGUCAUCUUGGUGGUGUCCACGUGUGGACUUGGCGAAUAUCCGGCCAACUGCAAGCAGACUUGGUUGAAGCUCCAAUCUGCGGAUCUGCCAAUGUCCUGGCUGGCAGGUGUGAAGUUCUGCGUCUUCGGCCUGGGCGACUCCACCUACAGCCAGUUCUGUGUGGCUGCUGCCGGCUUCGACACCCGCUUGGGCGAGCUCGGCGGGCAGCGCAUGCUGAAGCGCGGCGUGGGGGAUGACCGUGAUGAGGACAGGUACUACACUGGCUGGGAAGCCUGGCUCCCAGAGCUGUGGAAGGUUCUCGGGGCCCCGGCUUUGCCGCUGAGCCAGGAUAUCCCUGCACCUUCCUAUCGUGUGGAUGCAUCCGCAGGCGACUUGGCGAAGCCACCCAUCAGCGACGAUGACAUCAUCCCGCCCGGUGCCAACAGACUCACGCUGCUCACCAACAACGUGCUGACAGGUGAUGCUAAGUACGAUCGUGACAUUCGGCAUUAUGAGUUCAAGAUUGAAGGCACCAACGUUGCUUACAAGACAGGCGAGAGCCUUGCCAUCUGGCCCCGCAACCCGGAAGACAAGGUCCUGGAAUUCUGUCAGAUGAUGGGCUUCGAUGCCGCACAGCACCUGAGGAUCCUGCCCCUCGAGGGUGCGCGCAACUGGUGUCCUACGGAGCUGAGCGUGCGCCAGCUUUUCUCACACGUCCUGGACAUCUUCGGAAAGCCGAACAGGAAGUUCUUCCAGACAUUGGCUCUCUUCGCAAAGGACGAGGCAGAAAAGAAGCAGCUCCAAAGCAUCGUCGAGAACAGCCAGGAGGGUGCGGCCCUCUACUGGGACUUGACGCACGACUUCGCGCACCACGCAGAUGUGCUGAAGAAGUUUGCAAGUGCACGACCUCCCAUCGAGCACUUGCUUCAGAUGAUGCCAGUCCUGAAACCCCGCAGCUAUUCGAUUGCCAGCUCUCCAUUGAUGCAUCCGGACAAGAUCCAGCUGUGCGUGGUGUUGGUGGACUGGACGGUGGAGAGCACCAAGGAACUCCGCCUGGGCGAGUGCACAG